AUGUCAUGUCAGUACCCAUGUCAGUACCCAUGUCAGUACUCAUGUCAGUACCUAUGUCAGUACCCAUGUCAUGUCAGUACCCAUGUCAUGUCAGUACCCAUGUCAGUACCCAUGUCAGUACCCAUGUCAGUACCCAUGUCAGUACCCAUGUCAUGUCAGUACCCAUGUCAGUACCCAUGUCAGUACCCAUGUCAGUACCCAUGCCAUGUCAGUACCAUGUCAUGUCAGUACACAUGUCAUUACACAUGUCAGUACCAUGUCAUGUCAGUACACAUGUCAGUACCCAUGUCAGUACCCAUGUCAGUACCCAUGUCAGUACCCAUGUCAGUACCCAUGUCGGUACCCAUGUCAGUACCCAUGUUAGUACUCAUGUCAGUACCUAUGUCAGUACCCAUGUCAUGUCAGUACCCAUGUCAUGUCAGUACCCAUGUCGGUACCCAUGUCAGUAUCAUGACAGUACCCCUGACAGUACCUAUGUCAGUACCCAUGUCGGUACCCAUGUCAGUACACAUGUCAGUACCCAUGUCAGUACCCAUGUCAGUACCCAUGUCAGUACCCAUGUCGGUACCCAUGUCAGUACUCAUGUCAGUACCCAUGUCAUGUCAGUACCCAUGUCAUGUCAGUACCCAUGUCAGUACCCAUGUCAUGUCAGUACCCAUGUCGGUACCCAUGUCGGUACCCAUGUCAGUAUCAUGA